CUCGAGAGGGAAAAAAAAUAACGCCUGAUACAUUUAUUUAACAAGCCCUCAACCGCCCCCUAAUUUACAUAAUCUAACGUCUGCUUGACCUGUCAUGUUAUUAGCCAAUCAGCGUUAACUAGAAGGGGAUUCAAAUUUUGGCGGGAAUAAUGUCUGUUUCGAAAUAAAUUUCUCUUGAUUUCAGGGACAAGAAAAUGUUUAACUACGUUCAGAUGGCGCUUCCUAAGAAAAAUUUUUAAAUGUGUUUUUUUUUUGGUGAUGAAAUACUGCUAGUUGAAGCUGCCGUCAGGCUUUAUUUUUAACAGCUGCAAAUAAUCAAGAAUUUACUGGUAAAAGCUCGUUGACUUCAUUCUGUGCCGAAAGCCGCUCUGAAAAAAAAAGUAAGCUGAAGCACCAUAUUUCACGAACUGAAAAGUGUUGUGAAAGCGAAGAUCGCUCAGAAUAAUUCGCACGUUUCUGAAGGAGGAAUGACAGGAAUUAAAGUCAAACCAGGUCAAGAUUCCAUUCAUGAAUCAAUUAUUUGAAAAGUGAACCCGUUUGUCGCUUCUGUAACUUGUAGCCGGUAUCAAAUUGCAUUCAAAUGAUCGGUGAAUUUUUGACUGCAAUUUUUAGUAUACGACGAAAUGGAAAAUGUUUCAAUGGAUGAAAUUUCUCUUUAAACAUUUUUCAAACUGGCAAGAAAACUGAGCCGGCAGAAAUUUCAUAACGAACUCGCGUGUGUAUUCACUGCUCAUUAAGCAAGCAAAAAUGCAGACUGAAAUCAACAACAACUAACGGAUGGCGGCGUUUUGGCCAAUCGGAACAGCGCACAUCAUCCGUAUUGUUUCCUAUCCAAUCAGAAAAAAGUCCAGAUUCUGACUUUUUUGCAUGUGAUCUGUAAAAGAAAUGUAUCAUGCCCUCCUCCCGAACACAGAUUACAGAGAUAAAGGGAGAGGGCAUGAUCGCAGGCUAGGGCUAGAGCUAUACAGUUUUUAAUUUAUUGUUGUUUUUCAUUUCUCCUCAUUGCUUGAGCUUGUUAUGAAUUUGGUAUCAACAUGAGUUUCUUUGUUAUGUUUUGUUAAGGAGGCAUUGCUGUAUGGUACAAAUAAAUGAUUUAUACUGUAUUAUGAGAUGAUAUUUAUAAUAUAUAUAGUAUAUUCAGAUGAAAUUCAUAUGAGAAUAUAAGAACCUAUUUUAAGAACCUCGAUAGCCUAAAUUUGCUUUAAGUACCAUUUAUAUAAGAACCUAUUUAGGCUAAAUUGAAAAAUUCAGGUUCUUAUACGCGGGCUAUUACUGUAGCACUUUCAUUACUUCGUUGUGAUUGUCUCUUUUCACUGUUGACGUGCGAAGCCUCUUCUGGGAACCAUUCUUUCAAAUUUAUUAUAAAAUCUACUCGGGAAAGGGUUGACUCCAAGCGCUUUUAUGGGAGAUAUAGGCUCCUUCCUACUCAUGGGCUCGCGGAUAAAAGCUGAUUCUCCCUUAAUAAUGUUAUGGCUCAGUCAAUUGCAAGCAUGCCCAUCCCUCCUCCCCCAGGCAUUUGUCUUUCUUUUGGAAAAGAUACCAAUGUCCCAUGGAAGCGCAGACAGUUCCUUCAAAACCCCAUGAUGGGGCAUAAAAAAGUGUGCAAAUGCCCCACCCCAGGACAGCAUCAUAAUUGCAUUAGACUACGAGUGGUCCCCGUUUUUCCUCAGGGAGAGUAGAGCGAGCGAAACGCAAGCGCGCCUAAAAAUCACUUCACUCGAGAAAGGCAAGACGCAGAGGGGAGAGAGAAAAAUGGGGGACUACAGACCCAGGCUUGUGAACCUAUGCAUUCCUCUCACAACGCAAAACUCUUAUUGGCUUUUCCAUGGAAAUCUGUCAACAUCUGUCAAAAACGCGCCAGCCGCUAUCAACACUCGAGAUAAUCACUAUUUCCAGAACAAAUAACUAGAGCAGAACAAAUAACAGGACAGAACAAAUAACUAGAGUUGCUCUUGUAAAAGCAACUAAUAUAAGCAGAAAGCCAAACCGGCAAUUGAUGAGGUUCGCGUGGAGAACCAAAACCAUGGUCUUGCCUGAUCACAAAGUGACAAUAACAGAACAGUCGCAAGGCUUAUAAACUUAUUCAAAAGGGAGAAACUACGCGCUCCAGUCCAAACACACACAUUAUCCUUAGAAAAACAAAUGGGAGUGAAAAAUUCUUUGCUUUAAGAAAACUCUAGCGAGCUGGGCCCAGCGUGACAGCGAAAAUGAUCUACACGAGCCUCUUCAAUCAGCGUACAAGAUUUUUCACAGCACCGAGACUACAUUUCUCACUGUUACAAAUGACAUUAUGCUGUCAUUGGAUAAGGGCGAGAAUGUUUUCCUUGUUUUAUUGGAUCUGUCGGCAGCAUUUGAUACCGUUAACCAUUCCUUGCUGCUGGCACGACUGCAGAAAUCAUUUGGCAUCAGAGGAACUGUACUGCAAUGGUUCGAUUCUUAUCUUUCUCAAAGAACUCAGUUUCUAAACAUCAAUGAGGCGAAUUCUACGGUACGAGAUCUUCCUGUAGGUGUUCCCCAAGGUUCAGUUCUGGGACCUGUACUCUACCUUCUAUAUACUGCGCCACUUGCUAAAGUGAUAAGAUCUUAUAGCUUAGAUUAUCAUCUAUACGCCGACGAUACUCAGUUAUACUUUGCAUUCAAAUCGGUGGAUGUGGACGCUGCUAAAUUGAGGGUCGAGAACUGCAUUUCUGCAAUAUGUCGCUGGAUGGAUCUCAACAAAUUGAAGCUAAACCACGACAAGACGGAGGUCAUGCUCAUCCACUCAAAGUAUCGUCCGUCUCCAUCCUUUCAGUCCUUAUGUGUUGGUGAUGAGAGCGUGGCUGCCUCUCAGUCGGCUAGGAGUCUUGGUGUUAUCUUUGAUGAGCACAUGUCUUUUCAUGCACAUGUGUCUAUGAUCUGCAGAUCAUCAAUAGGGAGCUUAAGCAACAACGACGGCGACGGCUACAAAAACGUCACUUAAAAGUGAAUUUGCACCGCUUCAAACUUUAUCGCGCUUAUUCCAUCUCGUUUACUUCGUCAAAUGUUGGAAAAUGUUUUUACAGUUGAAUUCUAAAGGACUGUAUCAAAGUUCAGGAAAAUAAAAGAAAGUUGUUGUCGUGUGUUCCCGUCCUCGACAAAACGUGAAUUCGGGCACUUUCACGUUGUAAUCGGGCAAUGACGGCGAAGAAAUGUACAAAAAAAGCGUGAUGCACGUGCAAAGUUGUUGUUUUGCUAAUCAAACCUAUUGCUUUUUUGCCGUUCUCGUUGCCGUCCGCGUCGUCAUUGCUUAAGCUCCCUAUUUUAUCAUCUCAGGAACCUAUCUAGAAUUAGGAAGUAUUUCACUAAAGAAUCAGCAGAAGUUGCUGUUCAUGCAUUUGUCACAUCGAAACUAGAUUACUGUAAUGCAUUACUAUACGGCCUACCUAAGUAUCAGUUACAAAGAUUGCAGUAUGUACAAAACACGGCGGCUAGAGUUGUGUUGCAAGUGAGAAAGUUUCAGCAUAUCACACCUGUUUUGUAUGAGCUUCACUGGCUACCGAUUCAAUAUCGUAUUAUUUUCAAGAUUCUGCUCCUCGUGUAUAAAUCACUGAAUGGGACAUCGCCUAGGUAUUUAGCUCAGAAACUACAUUAUCGUUCCCAUACUAGAUCAUUGAGGUCUGUUAGUAAUGAACUUUUAAUGCAACCUAGAUCGUAUACCAAGACCUACGGAAAUUCGGAAGUCCAACACCAGCUCGAGUUUUAAAAGAUCACUUAAGACGUACUUGUUUACUAAAUUCAGUAAUAACGGAUCAUUGUUUUUAUAGAUUUGUAUAUAUUGCGUUAGUUUUAAUUUUUCCCUUUUUUAAUCAUUAUGAAUGAAAUGGUUUAAUAGUUGCUUUAGUUUUAGUUUUUUCCUUUUUUACUCAUUGUAAAUAUAAUAGGAUAUGGUUGUAAAUUUGUAAAUAUUUUUCAAUAAUGUUGUUUACAUCACUGUAAAGCGCCUUGAACAUAGGAUAAGAGCGCUAUAGAAAUAAAGUUAUUAUUAUUAUUAUUAUUAUUAUUAUUAUUAUUAUUAUUAUUAUUAUUAUUAUUAUUUCAAAACAUUGCAGGAAACCGUCACCUUCACGGACAAAAAGAAAAUCGCUCAUAAUUAUUGAGAUCCAAGAGGCACUUUGCCGGAGAAAUUAAACAACCUAAACCCCUUCUUUAGCCGCAAUGAAGAGCCAAUUUACAUUUCAAAACAGGUCAAAUAAAAUGAACCAUGCCGACCAUAAACAAUAACUGCAGAAAAUUAAUAUGCGUAUCACGAGCUCUCAGUAUGAAAUAAGCGACAAAAAUCACAUUUGCUCAGUCAAAACAUUUUUCUCCAGAGCAUAAUCUAACCGUCAGAGAAAAAAAUUCAUUGGAACAAGUAGCAUUUUGGCAUGAGGUAAAAGUCGUGUGUUGUCUACCGAUCCCCCCUUUUACACUAUCAAGCUCUUCACGCGAAGCAGCCGCGAAGAAAAUUAGUAUAUGGGUUUUCUUUCACUUGCAAUAAAUAUCGCCCGCAAUCUACCGAUGACAAGAGCAUUGACAGCUUAAUGAGAGAAGGAAAGGCCGUGAAAGGUCAAAAGCUUGUGCUUUGUCUGUAGUCCCUCAUUUUUCUCUCUCCCCGCCGCUUCUCGCGUGGGGUGAUUUUCACGCGCGGUCGCUUUUCGCUCGCUUUACUAUCCCUGUGGAAAAGUGGGGACUACUCGUAGUCUAAAAUUGCAUUUUCCAGUAAAUAAGCUGCAAAUGUCAUAUUUAUAGGAAAUCUGUGUGUGAAGCACCUUUCACAAAUUGCUCCUAGCCACUACAUAUUGAGUUUAUUGCAAAAAAGGUUACAUCUAUGUGAUUAGAAACUAGGGUAUCUAAAAGAUAGCAAUGCUGUGGCACAUUCCGUUGAUACUGGCAUUAGUUAGGCAGUGAGACUUAAAAGAAUCGAAAAUGACAUUGAAUGUCCCAUUUGCAUGUUGGAAAGUACCAAUUACUAUCAGUCUACAGAGAGAACUCGUGGGAACGUUGUUUCGAAAAUGAUCAAGCGAUUAUCAACUCUGGUUUUCCCACAGUUAAUUGUAGGAAAUGAUAGAAAUUCAGAUUGUUUAUCCAUAUAUUUAAUAUACGGUGUACUAUCUUUUGUCUGGAAGCACGAUACUUUUCUUGCCGUUUAUUGCACUUUAUUAAAUAACAGUUAUUUAUGUAUAUAUUUAUAGAAAACAACAACACAAAAAACACGGGAAAAAGAAAGAAGGAUCAAAAGAGUUGAGAAGGACUCGACUGAACCUAACCACUACACCACAGCGGCUGAUUACGUAACCUUGGGGAAAAGUCUUUAAUUUAAUGCCUUUUCCAUGAAACUUUCGCCGGCAAGAUGAUCGAGCCGCAUUAACCGAGCUAUUAACAGUAAAAAAAACACAAUGUAAACGCAUAUUCCAUUGCAAUGAAUGAAUGAAAGAACAAAAUUAUGCUUUACAAAACGUGUGUAAAGUAGGACGCACAUAUGUUUUGUCACCUCGAUUUCCGCUGUUAUUUUGAGCUAAUGGUCAAAAUCACAUCCAUUUUCGGCUCAUACAGGUUCUUAAGAAUAGCAUGGCAUGACAUUUAAACACUUUCACGUCACCCUCUAGCAAGCUGGAAUUUGUAUAUCCCCCGUGUUGCGGAGUCGAAGAGCAAAUGUUCAUCUUCUCGUCAAGUUUAACGCCUGGACGAGUCAAAGGCUCUUGAAUUGAAAUACAAUCUCCAAGCUAACCAUCGUACUCAUCUGAAAGACUCCUGCGUGUCUUAAAUUUGGUUAGACCUCUAACCGUACUGUAGAAAAUUUGCCACAAAGAAGCUAUGAGUCUGGGCAGCGAACGAUGCACGUUCGCAACCACCGAACUUCCUCGUGUUUUUAUUUGAGUUGUUCGUGGCGCAAGGCAUUCUGGUAAGAAAGUACCGCAAUGCAGUCUGGUUAAAUGCAAUGCAUUCUGGUAGAAAGUGAUGAAUUCGAGAAUUCGUCCCACCUUAUAUAUUUCCCUUAAAUCCUGAUUAUGUUACUGCUCGCUCCUUACGGUCGCUCCGCAGCGAAUAUCAAUGACUAAGAACUGUAAAGUUAUCUUUCUUGUAGAACUUAGUUUGUACAGUACAAUGGCUAUAAUUCAUCCUCUAAAUACAUUAAAUGUGGAGUGCCUCAAUGGUCAAUUUUUGGUCCAUUAUUGUUUGUUGCAACAUAAAACAUUUAUUUAGAAAGUCUACAAGGAAGUAGACAUGUUAAGAACUUAGAAAUACUUUGAAUGAAUAUUAAAACAUUAAUUGAAUUUGGCUGUUGUAAAAUCUGAAGAAUUAUGCAGAUCUUGGCCUUCAGCCUUGAUGAAUAACGUCGUCCGAGAUCUGCAUAACUCUUUACAUCGUACGACAGCCGAAUUCAAUCAUUGUUAAGUAAACAACAUUAUAUUAUUAUUCAGUGUUCUAGAGACUUAAAUCUAUUCCAAUUUUGCAGACUCAAGUUAUGCCCCUCCAAAAAAGAAAGACAUACUGAAGGUGUUGUUCGCCACAAAUGCCGAGGGCUGGAAUAUAACAGCAAAUGAUCAGUUGGUGAUUGAUCUGGCCAAAAACCCCGGAGUGAAAGUGUAUGGACUUGUACCAAAAAGUACCCAAGAACAGAGAGACCUGGCUAAGAAGUCAAAUAUUGAAUUGGUAGAUGCAAAAAGGAGGCUUGGGUAUUCUGAGGAGGAGCUCAUUGCACACCCUCCUGACAAUCUUGAUAUUGAUAUUGUUAUCAUCCACUCUUAUGGGCGCAACCUUGGAAAACAAGCCCAAGAAAUAAAGGAAAAAAAGAAUUGCAAGUGGGUUCAUGUUGUUCAUACCAUCAGCGAAGAACUGGCGAAUUACAUGCAGAAAGUAUCCAGCACCGAUGCAGCCAAUCCAGAGUUAUCAGAUCAUGAAUUGCAGUUAGCUCUGUGUGAAGAAGCUGACAUAAUCAUUGCCAUUGGCCCUAAAGUAGCUGAUGCUUGCAAACGUGCUCUGAGACAUUGUGGAAAGCACAAAGAUGUGAUUACUAUGACACCUGGAAUCAUCCAUGAUCUAGCUGGUGUUCAUACAGUGUAUGAGGGUGGAGAAAAGUUCCAUGUCAUGAUCAGUGCAACAUAUCCGUCAAAGUAUUUCAAAGUGAAAGGCUGUGAUAUUGCAGCUAAAGCAAUCACAUUAUUAGACUUAUCGUACAAUCUUAUAUUUGUUGUUUUGCCCAAUGACGAUGCUGAAGUUGUAAACAGUCAACUUGAGGGUUUAAUCAGUUUAAGUCAAUUCACUGUCAAACAUGUCCCAAGGAGCACUGAAAAUUGGAGAAAGCAGCUUUGCCAAGUUGAUCUUGUCAUCUUACCUUCAGCAGAGGGUUUUGGAACAAUUUGUGUCCGUGCCAUUUCUGCGGGUGUUCCUGUCCUCAGCAGCGGAAACAGUGGAUUUGGUAUGGCACUAAAGAAGUUGCCAUCAGGAAAAAUGCAUGUAUUGGAUUCUGAAAAACCACAGGACUGGGCCGACAAGAUCAGGGAACUCAGGGACAAAGGACCGACUCAACUGGCUCGUGAGGCAAAGCAGCUUAGGGAAGAGUACAUGACACAAUAUUGCUGGAAAGACCAAUGUGAUAAACUUGUAAACAUAUUGAUGGAGAUUGUCCCAAGCAAACAAGGUAUGUCCUGAUUUGGGUUAUGUCACUCAGUCACUCAUUCCUCUUGCCUAUUUAAAAAAGUGGCACCUAACAGCUUAUUUUUUUCGCAGACUGCUAGUAGUCCUUAAGGAUAAAUUGUUGGGAGGGUGAACAUAUACCAGUACUAAUUCCUUGAAUAAGCAUUCCUUUCUCCUUACUUUGUCAAAAAGGUAGGCAAUCACAGGGAAAGCUUUUUCUUUGCUCACUUUUGUAUAAAGGUUGACUACAAUAUUUUUUUAUUGUUUGGAUCCACCGCAGUCUUCCCUGUCUCUAUUUACUUGCAGAGUGCAACAUAAUUAUGUUGUAGUUAAAAAUUUGCAUCAGGUCACUUUAAUUUUUAACUGAUCGAAAAUUUUGUCAUGCCUUUUUGUCAUUAAUUUUUUUCUCCUUUUCUCAUCCUUUACACAUAAAAAGAGGAAUUCAGGCUGCAUCUUGCUAAGCUUAAACUCACCAGCAUCUGAUACACCAUCCUUCUUGUUGUCCUCUAGACCACACUCGACAAACUGCAAAUUCCCCGAUUUUGCUUUCAAUGGUAGAAUUAUUCGUAUGUCAUUCCCACACUUACCCUAACUAUAAUAUUUACAACAUGAUUUGAAAAUCGGCUUUUUAUUAACCCUCCCAAUUAAGUCCCAGGAGUGACCAAUAGUAAUUUUCUCUUGACAAUAUCCAACGUCAUGACACAAAAAAAGUUUUUUAGGAAUUAACAAAGUGAUCACCAAAGGGAAAAUCCUUGAUAUAUCGUCAAUUAUUAAUACUAUUAAUAAUUCUUAAGGAAAUGUAUAGAGAUUAGUCUGAGAAAUUUGUAUGUGGGUUUUAGGGAAGAAAGGACUAGUUUUACCCGUGUGCACUUUAUAUGGUCAAUUAAUGCAGGUUUCACUAAUAUGUUACUUGUAAGUAAAUAAUCUAGGGAAACGAAAUUGGAGGCAAGAAGGGAGUUAACACAAACUUAACACUCUCAGCUACUCUCCUUUAAUAUAGCAGUUGUGUUUAUACAUACCUCCACCCACCUUUUAUAUGUUUGAUUAUUGAUGCAUAUGUAUAAAAAUGAUCAGUUCAUUCCUUUUUUUUUUUACAAAGAGAGCCAAAAAGUGGGGGUUGAGCAUGCAGAGAAGAUUACACAAGCAAUGAAGUACGCUGAGAGUGGAAUGCAACAAUUAGAAAUCAAGAAUUUGGGGGAGCAAGAACAUGACACUGUAGAUGAGGGAGAUAAGAAUCCGGACCGCAGAAUGGGGCAAGAGAAUGAGGAAUGUGUUGAAUCUGAGGUGGACAAACUGCACAUGCCGCAACAAGAGGAAGGCAGUGGCGUUACAAAGGCAAGCGUAGAGGAGACCGGUAUUACAGAUCAGAAAACUGAUUCUUUGGCCCAAAAGAACAUUGCGCAUGAUGCAGUCGAUGGAGGUGUUAGUAUGCAAACGAAGAGGUCGAGAUUGUCAACCAGUGUCAAAAACAUUCCUUAUGCUCUUCUUGGUAGGAUCUGCUUGAAACUGAAUACAUCAAGUGACCUUUACUUCAACGAUUUUCGAAUGCUUGGAAAGCUAAUGGAAAUUGAAAGAGACUUUAUAGAAUUUUGUGGACAGCCGCGAAACUCAAAUCCGACCCAUCAAAUUCUUACGCAUUGGUGGAAAACAACUCGAGAACCAACCGUGGAGAAGCUUAUUGAAAUGUUAAAGGACGAACACAUGCAGAGGAUGGACGUCGUAGAGAUUCUGGAGGACUGGGUUGAAAAGGGAGAUUCAAAGUACUCAAUCAACUGAAAUCUAUCUAGAAACAUGAUGCCACAUAACUGUACUUUAAGUGUAUGACUGGUCAUUUUUUAUUGCAGUGUGUGCAUUUUACUCAGAGUGGAACUCCCUCUGUCAGGGAAGAUUUACAUGUAAAGGGAACAAGAACUUGAGGUUUUCAAGGUAGAAAAUUGGGAAUAUUCAGGACUAAUUUCUAAAAUGUGAAAGAAUGAUCAUUUUCGGCAC